AUGCGAACAUGGUACUUCUCUCCAUUUCCAUAUCCUUACUUCGAAAUGGAUCAUAUUUAUAUGUGUGAGCAUUGCUUUACAUAUUUUGCCUCAGAAAAGGAUCUACAAGAUCACAUUCACGAAUUAAACGAAACUCAUCCACCAGGACGUGAAAUUUACAGAGACGGAAAUCUUUCAAUUUACGAACUUAAAGGAAAGAACCAAAAAAUCCCAUGUCAGAACUUAUGCUUACUUUCAAAACUGUUUCUUGAUCAUAAAACUCUGUUUUAUGAUGUAGAAGGCUUCGAAUUUUACGUUUUAUGCGAAUGCGACAAUUCUGGUUCACAUUUGGCUGCAUACUUCAGCAGAGAAAUAAAGAGUUCGCAAGGGAAUAUCCUUGCAUGCAUUACAACCCUCCCUCCUUUUCAAAAAAAGGGAUACGGACAUCUUUUGAUUUCAUUAGCAUACGAACUUGCGAAAAGACAAAAGAGCAGUGGUGGCCCUGAGACACCAUUGUCAGAUCUUGACAAAAUUGCAUUCAAAACCUACUGGAGAUAUGCAAUUGUUAAUGCUCUUAAAAAAGGUGAAAAUCAGAUCAGUAGUAUUGAUGAUAUCGUAGUUGAGACGGCUAUAGAUAGAAAGGAUAUCAUUAAAACCCUCAAAAAACUAAAUUUGGUCAGAGAAAGAAAUGAAGUUCAAAUUAAUUGUUUCUAA